GCCGCCGCCGUCUGAUGAACCGCGGCCCCGCCGAGCCGGGCAGCCGCCGCCCCGCCGCCCCGCCGCGCCCCGCCGCCCGCCACCAUGUACCUGCACCCGGAGGCUGCCGGCGCAGGGGCUCCCUCCCGCGACGUCCUCCUCGUCUCAGCCAUCAUCACCGUCAGCCUUAGCGUCACCAUCGUCCUCUGCGGGAUCUGCCAGUGGUGCCAGCGCAAACUGGGUAAGCGUUACAAGACUUCCCUGGAGACUGUAGGAACUCCGGACUCCAGCCGAGGCCGCAGUGAAAAGAAAACCAUCAACGAUCUAGACAGAGACUUUUGGAAUAACAAUGACAACACAGUGCAGCAGAAAUGGAGCUCCUACCCUCCCAAGGAGUUUAUACUAAACAUUUCACCUUACGCCCCGUACGGUGAUCCGCGGCUUUCCCUCAAUGGCUCUCUGUUAUCAGGGGCCAAGCUGACGGCGUCGGCCGCCGCGGGGUUGGCGGGGGAUCGCGACGGCCGCCCCGGGGAGAAGCAGCGGCUCGGCGAGGACGGCAUGAGGAGCAGCGUCUCUGCCCACAGCGAGCCCGGCGCGGGGAAGGCGGCGCGAGGCCGCUGGCACACGGUGCAGAGCCACUUGGCCGCAGGGAAGCUCAGCCUGUCCAAUUUCGAGGACUCCACCUUGUCCACAGCCACUACCCUUGAGUAUAUCCCCACCUCAGCAGGCGACCCCAAAUGCCAGAGGCCCCGCACGCUCAUGCGCCAGCAAAGUCUGCAGCAGCCCCUCAGCCAGCACCAGCGCGCCAACCACAGCCAGCCCACCACCAGCCAGAGCCUGGGCCACCUCCAGGCCCACAGCGGCUCCUCCGCCGGCGCCGGCAACCCCCGGGGCUCCCGCGGCGGCCAGGCGCGCCAGGGCAUCGCCGCCGGCUCCAAGCAUCGGACGGCUGGCGGCCGGAGCCGCUCCAAUCCCGGCAGCUGGGACCACGUGGUGGGGCAAAUCCGCAACCGCGGCUUGGACAUGAAGUCCUUUCUGGAAGGCCGGAUGGUGGUGUUAUCCCUGGUUUUGGGACUCUCAGAGCAAGAUGACUUUGCCAAUAUCCCCGACCUGCAACCCGCUGGGACGCAGCCGAACCAGCCGAACGCUCAGGGGGACAAGAGGUUGCCAGCCGGUGGCAAGGCGGUGAACACGGCACCGGUGCCCGGGCAGCCACCGCACGAUGAGUCCGACCGCAAGACAGAGCCGCGCUCCUCCGUCUCCGACCUGGUCAACUCCCUGACCAGUGAGAUGCUCAUGCUCUCGCCAGGCUCCGAGGACGACGAGGGCCACGACGGCCUCAGCCGGGAGAACCUGGGCCGUAUCCAGUUCAGCGUCGGCUACAACUUCCAGGAGUCCACCCUGACCGUCAAGAUCAUGAAGGCGCAGGAGCUGCCAGCCAAGGACUUCAGCGGCACCAGCGACCCCUUUGUCAAGAUCUACCUGCUCCCUGACAAGAAGCACAAGCUGGAGACCAAGGUGAAGCGGAAGAACCUCAACCCGCACUGGAAUGAGACCUUCCUCUUCGAAGGGUUCCCCUACGAGAAGGUGGUGCAGCGGGUGCUGUACCUCCAGGUCCUGGACUACGACCGUUUCAGCCGCAACGACCCCAUCGGGGAGGUGUCCAUCCCUCUCAACAAGGUGGACCUCACCCAGAUGCAGACCUUCUGGAAGGACCUGAAGCCAUGCAGUGAUGGCAGCGGGAGCCGUGGGGAGCUGCUGCUGUCGCUGUGCUACAACCCCUCCGCCAACUCCAUCGUGGUGAACAUCAUCAAAGCGCGUAACCUCAAAGCCAUGGACAUCGGGGGCACAUCAGACCCCUACGUGAAGGUGUGGCUGAUGUACAAGGACAAGCGGGUGGAGAAGAAGAAGACAGUGGUCAUGAAGCGGUGCCUGAACCCCGUCUUCAAUGAGUCCUUCGCCUUCGACAUCCCCACAGAGCGGCUGCGAGAGACGACCAUCGUCAUCACCGUCAUGGACAAGGACAGGCUGAGCCGCAACGACGUCAUUGGCAAGAUCUACCUGUCCUGGAAGAGCGGCCCCGGGGAGGUGAAGCACUGGAAGGACAUGAUCGCCCGUCCCCGGCAGGCGGUGGCACAGUGGCACCAGCUGAAGGCCUGAGAACCCCAGGACAGCAGGGCUGGGGGUCCCCCUUCCCAGCCGCCGUCACCCCUCCGAGGGGCUCCCGGUGAGGAGCCGAGGGACCGGCGGGACGGCGGCCCGGCUCACGGGGACCCUGCGGUAGGAGGGGGAUGGAGACCCCCGCCCCCCUGCUUUCGCCUCUCCCCGGCGCUGGGGGGUGGGAGGUCACGCAGACACCCAGGACCCCCAGCCGAGAAGGGUGCCAGAAGUGAUGACCCCCCCCCGUCCCCAUCCCCACCACUGGGCAGGACUUCUGUGAGUGCUUCCAGCCCCAGUCCCUGGGAGCCCCCCUGCCCCUCCCCGGCCUCACCCCUUAUUUCAGGGGGCCAGGCUGUGGGUGCAAGAGGGGUCCCUCCCUCCCCUCCCCUUUCAGCUCAAUAAAACCUCUCCGAGCCGUCAGCGUCGCCCAAGUGGGGCCGUGGAGCCCCCCAUGCCCUGCCUCGUCCCCACCACCCUCCCCAAGCCUCCCAGCCCCGCUGGGCUGGCACGGGGUGGGGGCAUCCAGGGGGGGAGGGGAGCCCCCUUCCCCGGGCCAGGCGCGGGCUCCUGGGAUCGGAAGCCAUGACACAGUUCGUUAGCCAAAGCGGGCUUGUUUGUGCACUGCCUUCAGCCGGGUUUGAUGCUUUACCUCCAUUUUCAGGCUCAGUGGGAGCUGAGGGUCGAUAACCCUGUCUUGGGGCUCGCCCUCCAGCAUGGGGACCCCCCCAUCCUGCCUCCAGCCCAGCUCUUUCCCCCAUUACCCCCACCCCAGGCAUGUCCCCGCAAGGCUGGGCAGGGAGGGGACUGGUUUUGAGCCAGGCGUUGGCCCCCUGUGGGAUGCUGAGCCCCAGAGCAUCCUCUUCCAGCCAGGCUGACCCAGGCACCAGGGCUGGCCUGGGACCCCCAUGAGCCCUGUGCCCAGCCCUGGGGCCCCUGGGGGAUAGGGGAUAGAGCGUCAUUGUCCCCAUCCUGGGCUGGUGGCACUCCCUGGGCCAGCCAGCCUGGCAGGAGCGGUGCCAGCAGCAUCCCCGUGGUGCCAGCAGCUCCCUAUCGGCUCCCCCCGGGAUGUGCCGGGCCUCUGCCCGCUCCCCAGAGCUGAGGCUACCAGUACAGGGGCUCCCCAAAGUGGGGACAGACCCACGUGGGAGCCCCACGGGGUGCUGGGGCAUCUCCUGGGGGGGGUGGCAGAUGGGGUCACCCAGUGGGGUUGCAUCCUCUGGGUCCUCCCCGCUGCCCUGCGCCAGCAGGAUCAGCGGUGGCUCACGGCGGUGGACGUGGGUCCUUCCUCUUGCCGGGACGGCUGGACAGCAGAGCGGGUCCUGCAGGACCUCGGGAGCACUGGGUGUGAUGUGACACAUCCCUGCCCGUCCCCGUCCCCAGCAGGUGACACCGGUGCCUCUUGGCGUCCCGCUGCUCUGCCAGGACUGGCGCAAGGCGAGGAUGCGGUGGCCGGUGUGUCCGUGUCCUUGUGGGGGCUCCCGGGGUGCCCCGCUGGCCCCUGUGCCGGGUAAGCAGAGCCCCUCCAGGCUGGCCAGCAUGGGUGGGCAUCACCAACCCCCGGCCUCGCAGCUCCCUCUGAACCGAGGAGCAUGAGCCAAGCCCUCCCAGAGGAGGGGAGAGGUGGGUGCUGCCACCUUCGCAGCCAUCUCAGGUAGGGCACGGCCACCCACGGGCGCGGGGACACCCAGAGCAAGCCCGAAGGCAGCCGGGUGCCCACCGGCACGGAGCCACCCUGCCUGGCUGGGGGUCCCUCGUCCUCAGUCUUCCUGCUCCCUCUGCUGCCCCCGUGGCACCCACCACCCUUCGCCCCUCCUGCACCCCCGUGAGGGACACUGACACCCCACUGUGGGCUGCCACCGCGCCUCCCCCCAGGUGCCACCGAGGCCACGGGCUGUCCCCUGCUGGGGAGGGGGGCACCCGCUGAGCCCCCGAGGUGCUCCAUGGGGUUUCUCCAUUGCACGGGGGGUAGGGGGGAGCCUGAACCAGAACCCCAAAAGUCCCUGGGGUGCCGGGCUGCUUGCUCCUUCUCCUGCCAAGGGGGAUAUCGCCGCCGCCCCAGGACCACUCGGGGACAAGCCACCUGGGGACCGUGGCUGCGGCCAGGAAGGGUUUGGCAGCCCCCGCAGUCCCUCUUAGACGAUUUUGGACAAUCUGGAGAGAAGUCAUACUACUACUACUACAGUAAUAAUAAUGCUUUUAGGGACAUUUGUAUUUUUAUCAUAUUCUCUCUUUUUUUAACAUAAGAGAUUUACAUGCCUGGGGAAGGGGACGGAGUCAUGGGGCAGCAGGGCCGGGGCACCCCAAGGCCAGGCACCGCAGCGGGCUGUGCCGGGCACCCCCAAGCCCUUCGGGGGCUCCCUGUGGGCAGCCCAGGUGCCGGUGGGGCUGUGCCAAGGUGGGUGCCCACCCAUCGCCCCACAGACACCCCAUUCCUCCGGGAAGGAUUUCUUGUCUGCGGUCGGCUCCCUGGGGCUUGUGUGUUCAUUUUUUAACUCUAGAGCUCUUAGCCGUUAUCUUGUUCAGGUAUCUCUCUUCUUCAUGUGACGGUAACAUCCAACUGGUGUGUAAAAUACAGAAAAACAGGAAAAAAAAAAAAAAAAAGGAAAAAAAGAAAAAAAAAAAAGAAAAAAAGACUAACAAAAAAAAAAAAGACAAAAGCCCAGACCGGCUGACGAGCGGCUGGAGCAAAGGGAUGCCCGGCUGGCGACGCCACCCCGCUGCCGUGGCUUUGCUGCGUGGCGGUGGCCGUGGCCGGCUGCCCCCCUUUCCUAAUAACGGCGGCAGAGGCCGGGGCUGGCACCGUGGGGAGGCUGGGGGGCGAGAGCCGGGGCGUGCGGGUCGGGGCGCCUUCUUUGCAGAAUCCUAUUUUUGGGGAGCGGGGCCCCUCGUUUUCUGGAGGCCGCCCCUGCUCUCAGUAAUAAAGGACAGUCAGUAACUGCCAGUGUGCCUCCUCUCUGGGCUCGGGGGGACGGAUCCUGCGGUCCCCCAGCAGCGAGCGCUGGUCGGAGUGGGGACUGGGGUCACAGUGUCACCCGCACCUGGCUGAGCAUCCCCCCCAGCAC